UAUAACCAACAGAAAUAAUAUGGCCUUGGGAAACGGACUGGACGUUUGGAAGCACCCCUAACCGGAACCCACAAAUUUCACUCACAUUCUCUUUCUCUUUCCCUAAAUCCAAAUCCAAAUCUAAAUCAGAAUCAGUUACAGAUUCUCAUUAUACCAGGUCUCAUCCUAUACUUACAGAUCUUGCUUUUUUAUUUUUAAACAUUGAUUUAAUUUCAUCAUCAUUAUUAACCAAAUCUAUUAUCAAUUUCGUAAUUUAGUGUUUGAUUGCUUUUUAAAAGCUUCCUUUUAGUUUUGUAAUUAGGGUUUUAUAUGGUUUUUGGACUUGCAUUGUAAGACAGUUUAUAUAAAGUAAUGUCUGUUAAUCAUAGUAAUAAUGCCCAAAAGAUUUCCGGUGUACCGUCAAACCCGAAUGUGCAAUUCGGGUCACAACCGCAGUUCGGUGGGGCUCAUGUUCAGGCCCAGUUGAAAGUUCAGGCGAAAGCUGCAGCUCAAGCUCAGGCGAACCAUGCUCAGUUUCAGGCCCAGUUGCAGGCCCAAGGAGUGGCUAUUAAUCAGUCUCAGGGGUCUUUGGUUACUACUAAUAGUGGGGGUGCGAAACGUGCGGGUCAGAAACCCGUUGGACGGCCUCCUGGGGUGGUGAAUUCGAGCCCGAAGAGGGGUACGGAGGUUACACCGCCUGGUCGUCAGAGAAAGAAGCAGAAGGUUGCUGGGAAGCAGUUGCAGGAAAGAAUGGCUGCGAUUCUGCCCCAGUCUGCGUUGUACACGGAACUACUCGAGUUUGAGUCACGGGUGGAUUCUGCUUUGAUGAGAAAGAAGGUGGAUAUCCAAGAAGCUAUUAAAAACCCGUUGAGCGUUCAGAAGACGCUUAGGAUAUAUGUAUUUAAUACGUUUGCGAAUCAGGUUCAGACGAUUCCUAGAAAGGCUAACGAUGAGGCGCCUAGUUGGACGAUGAAAAUAGUAGGAAGGGUUUUGGAAGAUGGGAUGGAUCCUGAUCAGGCUGGAUUGAUGUUGAAAUCGAACCCAAUGUAUCCAAAGUUUUCGUCUUUUUUUAAAAGAGUUACUAUAGGGUUGGACCAAAGAUUGUAUCCUGAUAACCAUAUGAUUGUGUGGGAUAGUUCUAGAAUGCCGACACCUCAUGAAGGGUUUGAAGUUAAAAGGAAAGGUGAUAAGGAAUUUAAUGUGAAUAUACGGAUGGAAAUGAAUUAUCUUCCCGAGAAAUUUAGGGUUUCGGCUCCUUUAAUGGAAGUUCUUGGAGUUGAAGUUGAUACUCGAGCAAGAGUUAUUGCAGCAAUUUGGCAGUAUGUUAAGGCUAGGAAAUUGCAGGACUCAGAUGACCCGUCUUAUUUUAAAUGUGAUCCACCGCUUCAAAAAGUGUUUGGGGAAGAAAAAAUAAAAUUUUCAAUGGUCUCACAGAAGAUUUCAAAUCAUUUAUCUCCACCGCCACCUAUACAUUUGGAGCAUAAGAUCAAGGUAUCGGGAGAUUGUCCUGCUGGAAGUGCUUGUUAUGAUAUACUGGUAGAUGUGCCACUGCUUGUAGAAAAAGAAUUGAAUGCUUUAUUAGCGAACAUUGAGAAAACGAAAGAGAUUGAAGUCUGUGAUGAAGCAAUAUGUACAGCAAUCAGAAAGAUAAACGAGCAUCAUAAAAGAAGGGCAUUUUUUCUUGGCUUUAGUGAGUCACCUGUGGAGUUUAUUGAUGCUCUGAUUGAAUCUCAAGGCAGAGAUUUGAAAUUUUUAACAGGGAAUGCAAUCCGUAAUGAUGAAAAAGAGAGUCAAACCGAAUUCUAUAACCAACCCUGGGUUGAAGAUGCGGUUAUCCGUUAUCUAAAUCGUAGACCAGCUAGAAUCGCUCCCAAAAGCACAUAAUAAGUUUGCAGAUUUGCGGAUGGAACAUGGGUAAAUGGUAAUCAUCUUUUGAAUGUGCUUUGGAAUGUUAUCUUGUGUACCAGGACAAAAGUGAAGCCCCAGGAGGUUUAGCGACAUAUUUCCUAGUUAUAACCUCUUUAAUCCUGUUACAUCUGGUUUCUUAGCCUAGAGAUUUAUUGUAGCUUCCUAUCAUAUGAACAUUUCUGAAGCCAGGCAUUUUUUUUCUCUA